UCUCGCAUGUGCCUCUAGCGCUGUUGCUGCCGUUUUCUUUCAAGCAUGAACAGUUGCUGAAUAAGUUCUGUAUCCUCUGCUUGCACCUAACUUGUCAAAUAUAUUUGUUCCAAAUUGAAUGUUUUUAUCAUUAACUUCUACAAUUCCGAAACAUAGAAUAUCCAUUGAUGAAACAUAUAAACACCAUAACACUUAUUGAAUUAUGUUUGUUACGUUCGUUUUAAAAAAUAAUAAAUGAAAAUGUGCUAUUAGUGGGAAUAAGUUAUUCCAUCUGUCCAAGAUAUAUACGAAUUAUUACAUACUUUUAUUUUAUAUUCAAUUAUGGAUCUUUUUUGCUGUGAAACAGAAAAUAUAACCAGAGCUUACGAAGACCCAGUUUUAAAUGAAGAUUCUAGGGUUUUCGAAAAUUUAUUAGUUAUAGAAGACCGAUAUGUACUUUCUUGUAAUUAUUUUAAAAAUUUACAGACUGAUUUAAAACCAUAUAUGAGAACUGUUGUUGCUGAAUGGAUGCAAGAGGUUUGCGAAGAAGAGCGAUGCCAAGACGAAGUGUUCCCUCUCGCUGUAAACUGUUUGGAUAGGUUUCUUUUAUUAGUGCGUGUAGAUAAAAGUCAACUGCAACUAUUAGGAGCCGUUUGUUUGUUCCUGGCUUCCAAAUUGCGUCAGAGCAGGCCUCUGACCGCUGAAAGACUUUGUUUAUAUUCAGAUAAUUCUAUUACAAUCACACAGCUAAUCAAUUGGGAAUUGCUAGUACUCAAUACCCUGAAAUGGGACUUAUCCGCAAUAACACCUUUCGACUUCGUCAGCCACAUACUCAGGAGACUACGAGUGGUACAACGUGAAGAAGUCAUAAAACGACAUGCGCACACAUUUAUAGGAAUAUGUACAACCGAUGUUAAAUUUGCAAUGUAUCCUCCCUCUAUGAUUGCUGCCGCUAGUUUAGGAGCUGCUAUCCAAGGUCUUUCAUCUCGAAUAGAACAAAAAUGGUCUUCAGCGACAGAACUGUUGUCAAGCCUCAAUGAAAUAACAGGCAUUGAUGUGGAUUGCCUGAGGUCGUGCUGGGAGCAAAUCGAAGAAUGUAUAGUCAGUCAUAUAGCAGCCGCCACACACCCUCUUACCUCAUCUCUCCCUGGCAGUCAUAAAUUGGCAGAACAGCAAAAGAAUCCUCUUAAAAGUGAAAUUGUUGAUGGGGAUGAAAAUGUGCCUUUCUAGAAAAAACUCUUUUCUUUAGUCAAUUUCUGUAUUAAUGGAAGAAAUAAAUGGUUGUUCCAAUCCCAUUUUUUGUUUGUUUAAGGAGAGUGGAAAACGAGAAUAAUUCUGAAGAAUUGAACUAAUGAAAGGACUUGUCACUUAUAGCUAGUCAUAAAACUGACUGAUUGGGAAGAUUGAGUCAAUAUUGAAUGUUCCAAAUCUUUAAAUGUAAGCUUUUGCUUUGAAGUACUCCGGCGAAAGACAAUUUUGGUUGUUAUGUAUGAAGUACAGUGAUUUAUUCUGGUCAUUGCAUCUGCAUUCUCCAUUACUAAAAUGAUUUGACUAACAUAACACGUUUUGUUAAUAUUAUGGUUUUAUUUUUAAUGAAAAAGUUUAAUUAUUUCUUCAAAUACCUUAAAAAAAUAAUUUCUUUUUUGUCUUUUCUGCAUUUAUUUCUGUUUGUAAAUGAAACAAUUAAAUCCUAAAUAAUUAAACUAAUGAGCUAGUCAUUCGAACCAUACAUUAUAAAAUAGAAAUAAUAACAUAUAUCUCAUAACUUCAUAACAUAUAUCAAAUAAUAACAUAUAAAAAUAAUAACAUUUAUGUCAAAGAAAUUGCAAUAGCUUAAUUGAAACACAUUUUUAUUAAAUGUAACAUUUACAAUUUUGGAAGUUCUAUGGUAAUACAGUAGGGAACCGAUUAUCCGGAGCGAUCGGGACCAUCGCUAUUCCGGAUAACUGAUUUUUCCGGUUUUCUGAAUCGCUACAAAAAGCCAUUUUUUUUAUUGUUAAA